AUGUCAACUGGUAACGAAAACUACAAUUUAAGAUAUCCAAAAGGUUUCAAAGCCUACCCACACAACCAAUACAAAUUAGAAGGUUAUGGUACCCCAAGAGGUUACGUCACUCUCGCUGGUGUUGCUUUAACUUUAACUGUUAGUGCUCUUUACUUCUCAUACGCCCAAACUCAAAGACGUGAAUACCCAACCCACACCCCAGAAUGGAAAGCUGCUACUGCUGCUUAUGGUAAAUCAAUCAACCAAGAUCCAAUCCACAAAUAA